AUGAAAAAGUUUGGCUUCGGCAAGAAGGGCGAAGGCGACGAGGACUCCAACCGCUCCGCCCUCUUCUCACGCUCCUCAAAGAAUGGCUCGCCUGCCCCAGCGGCGUCAAACCCCUAUGCGCAACCACCCCCCGCCGCUGAUCCAUACGCUCAAGAUACCAACAAAUAUGCCAAUAUGGGCCCCUCCGUCACUCCAUAUCAGCAAGCCCGCCAGCAAUACGGCCUCCCCAGCGGACCCGGCGCAGCUCGAGGCGGUCGAGGAGGCCUUCCAGGUGGACCAGCAGCAGGCAGAGGACCUCCACCCCCCGGUCCUCCACCUCCCGGUCCCAAUCGUCAGCCAUCAAGCGGCAGCGGAUAUGGAGCAGAGAAAUACGGAAGCGGGGGCGGCUACGGUGCUAAUAGAUACGACGCUCAGCCUAGCUAUGGUGGCCCCCCUCCCGAUACAGGCUCCCGAUAUGGACCUGGUGGUUAUGGAGGAUUAGGACGCAGGAACAGCAAUGAGACUACUACGACGGAGGAUAAUCGGGAUGCACUAUUCGGCGGUGCGAAAGAUAGAUAUGCCCAACGGGGUGCCAUGCCACCACAGAAUGGGCAGCCGGGUGGCGGUUAUGCUUCCGAAUCAGGCGCGUCUGGUGGUACUGGUGGCGGAUAUGGAGAGGAGAGGCAGCUUACAGCCGAGGAGGAAGAGGAAGAGGAUAUCUCCUCCACCAAACAGCAGAUCCGUUUCAUAAAGCAAGAGGAUGUCUCGUCCACGCGCAAUGCGCUGCGCUUGGCCGCCCAAGCAGAGGAGACAGGUCGAGCAACACUGGCCAGGCUCGGAGCACAAGGGGAGCGUAUUCACAACACUGAAAAGAAUCUGGAUAUUGCUGCAAACCACAAUCGGAUUGCCGAGGAGAAGUCCAAGGAGCUGAAGACCUUGAACAGGAGCAUGUUUGCCGUCCACGUGUCCAACCCCUUCACAGCAUCAUCGAGGAAGGCAGCCCGUGAUGAAGAGAUUAUCGAGAAGCACCGUAUAGAGCGCGAGCUGCGUGAUGGCACCCGUUCGGCAGCUUUUGCAUCGCAACAGAGAAUGGAGCGUAGCUUCAAAGAUCUCCAGCCUGGGGAUCCUGGAUAUCGGCCUCAACACACAAAGGCGAGUCUCGCAGAGCGAUCUAGGUUCCAGUUCGAGGCCGACUCCGAGGACGAGGAUAUGGAGAAUGAGAUUGAUGCCAAUCUUGAUCAGCUGGGCAACGCGGCUGGUCGAUUAAAUGCUUUGGCGCGUGCUACGGGCACCGAAGUAGAGGAGCAGAAUAAAUUGCUCGACAGAGUUAUGACAAAGACCAACAAUGUGGACGAUCAGAUCGUCAUGAACAGGGCCAGAUUGGAUCGCAUUCGUUAA